GGCACUACAUGCGCAGUUUGUCUGUGUGACAGCUCGAUUCCAUAUCAUCAUUCAUUACAUCCCACUCUCACACCUCUUUCCAUUCUAUCAUUCAUAAUUCUCUCUAUUUUUUUCUCGUUUUCGUCAAACUUUGAUUCAACUUUCUUUUUCUCUCUGUUCUUUUCUCUGUUUGGUUACUAAGAAGAAAAGAAAAUAGCAGAAAGUUAAGUAAACUAAACUAAAGUACCUCCAGCGAAAAACGACAUGUCGUCGUCGGACGAUGAGUCGGGAGAGGAGUACCUGUUCAAGAUCGUGAUAAUCGGCGACUCGGCGGUGGGGAAAUCGAACCUUCUCUCUCGUUACGCCAGGAAUGAAUUCAAUAUGCACUCCAAGGCCACCAUUGGAGUCGAGUUCCAGACUCAAAGUAUGGACAUUGACGGGAAAGAGGUCAAGGCUCAGAUUUGGGACACCGCCGGCCAAGAGCGCUUCCGUGCCGUCACCUCCGCCUACUACCGCGGCGCCGUCGGUGCUCUUGUUGUAUACGACAUCACUCGCCGAACCACAUUCGAUAGCAUCGGCCGCUGGCUUGAUGAGCUCAAAACUCAUUCAGAUACAACUGUGGCUAGGAUGCUAGUUGGAAACAAAAGUGAUUUGGAGAAUAUCAGGGAUGUGAGUGUUGAGGAAGGGAAAAACCUUGCAGAAGCCGAAGGACUGUUCUUCAUGGAGACAUCAGCACUAGAUUCCACAAAUGUUAGAAAGGCUUUCGAGCUUGUCAUUCGAGAAAUUUACAACAAUGUCAGCCGCAAAGUCCUAAACUCAGACACUUACAAAGCAGAGUUAUCUGUAAACAGGGUAAGCCUAGUCGACGAGGGUGCCAAUGGAUCAAAGAAAAACCAGAGCUCUUGCUGUUCCAGGUGAUCUUAUCUCCAAUACAAAGAGAAUACAAAUUGAGGUUUUCUGGUUGGUUUGUGAAUGUAAUUUGGUUGAUUAAAUUGUUUUGUUUGUUUGUUAUAUUGGCUAUCGUUGAAGGAUAACCAAAUAAGACAGUAUUAUAGAAAGAAAUUUGUUAUGUUGAUUUAAGUACACUACAGAUCAAUUUUUUAAUGUUUAUUUUUAUUAAAACUGUGAAAUGUAAGUAAACAGUCGUUCUUCUUUUA